AUGAAACUUAUCUCGAUCCUCGUUGGACUUCCCCUCCUCGUGGCUGGUGUCACCAACGGAUAUGCCUACCCUCAGGCAUGUUCAGGAGUCUGCACCAAUGCACACGACCCCUCCAUUAUCCGGCGUGACGAUGGAACGUACUUCCGCUUCUCCACUGGCAACAAGAUUGCAAUUCACUCUGCUCCUGACCUCACGGGCCCUUGGAAAUACCUGGGUGCUGCUGUUCCGGACGGCUCGAAGAUCAACUUGAAGGGGAGGGACGAUCUCUGGGCUCCUGAAGUGAAUAAGAUUGGAGACACAUACUACCUGUACUACUCUGUCAGCUCUUUCGGAACCCAAUCGUCUGCGAUUGGGUUAACGCAGUCGAAGACCAUGGAGGCGGGGUCGUGGGUUGAUGCCGGUAGCAUUGGUGUCACGAGCGAUGCAACCAAGAAAUACAACGCCAUCGACACGAACCUCAUCCAAGUUGGCAGCCAGUAUUACCUCAAUUUCGACGAAGAUGACGUCGCCCCCAACGAAGAGUUCUGGCGGAAGUGCCUCUCAAAUCGCCUUCACCUCGAACGUGAGGUCGUGGAAGCUGCGUUCGAGUUUGCUUACAACGGUUACUACUAUUUGUUCUUCUCCAAGGGAUCGUGCUGUCAAUUUGACAAGAAGCGCCCUGCCAAGGGCAAGGAGUACCGUAUCCUCGUUUGUCGCUCAAAAAGCCCAACUGGAGGCUUCGUUGAUAAGGAUAACGUCGACUGUCGUAACAACGGUAGCUCGAUCGUUUUAGAGUCUCACGACUGGGUGUACGGCCCGGGAGGUCAGGGUGUCUAUAACGACCCGACCCACGGCCCCGUGAUGUACUACCACUACGUGGACACCCGUAUCGGCUUUGCAGACGGUGACAAGCGCUUUGGCUGGAACAAACUCGAUUUCUCAAGUGGCUGGCCUACUGUAUAA